GCCACGAAUACACUGGAAAUAUUACACCGCGGCAUCCUGCUCCUGUAUAUACUGUACCACCCGGGGGAGAGGAUCCAGAGAUCAGGAAGUCCACGAUGAGAGCUCUGGUUCUGCUGCAGCUACUGCCCCUGCUGGUCAGUCCUGGUAUAGCAGCGCCUCGGACAGAUAGCAGAUCAGAGCAGCCAGACAGUGAGCGUAUCCAAAACCUGUUCAUCCCAGGACCUGACCAUCUCAGCAUCUUACAAGCAUAUUUGAAGGAAAAGGAUCCUCUAGAAGAAAAUGCUUCAAACAUGAAAAGAGAGACAACCAUCUUACAUCUGUUUGCGCUCCAUGAUUUUGACAAGAGUGGAUUUCUGGAUGGUCUGGAACUUAUGCGGCUGCUACAUGGAGUUCAAACAAUAAGAUUACAGGAGGAACCCGCUCACGAUUCAGUGAUCUCUUUGGUCGAUGAAGUCUUGGAGAAACAAGACCUGAACAAAGAUGGGCUUCUCAGUGCCCAGGAAAUUGUGACCCCUCCAGUCUACACAGAGGACGCCCCACCCGUUCACGUGGCUAUUCCGGCCCCUCAGACAGGAGACCUACAGGGGUCCUCAGACAAUGAUACUAACACCAAUGAAGAGAAAAUAGAAACUGAUAACCCACCAGCAGAGGAUGAUAAUGCUCAUAUACAAAUAAAUGACUCCGCUCCUCCACCGGAAGAUGCAAUACAGAGCCAGGAAGAUGGGGGCAAUGAGAAAAUCAAUGUAAUAGAAGUUGUGCUGGAUGAAGAGGAAGAGGAAGAAGAGAAACAUGAGGCUGGGAAUGAGAUGUAAGAGUCCUCAUCCUCACAUAGAUAUAUGGCCUACUAGCAACGCAUGGAGCCUGCAGGAGCUAGUACUAGGUGGUGAUCAUGGAUGAUGAGGGUGGUGGUGGAGUUUGCACUUGGUUCCCUAGCUGCAGCACAUUGUGCUUAUUAAUAACUUGCCAUAUUAACUAAUUAGAUAUGUUCCCAUGAUGGAGAUGAAAGUUAUCAGACUGUUGUCCUACUAUCAUAUUUGAUAGCUGAGGAGAAAAGGACUCUUCCUCUUCCUCCUUCCAUCUACAGAACAGAGAAACGGGCACAUGCUCUCCUCACCCUGGUUCCAUCCUACCAGGAAUGUUUCAUGACUUUGGAAGGUAGCAGAUGACAACACAUUAGUGCGUCUUCUCCAGUUUGCUGACUUCUUGUGUGACCUGUCUGAUUAUAUCUAAAUCAUCUGACCAAGCUACAGGCAGCUCCACACACACACACGGAACCACUAUGGUAGAACUAUGUGAUAUUACAAUGUGAUAUUACUAUGAGUAGCCAGUUUAUUGUGUACUAUGUACAGAAAUUGUACAUUAAAGAGAAACAAAUAAGAGAAA